AGGAGAUUUUUUUUCACUGCAGCUAAUAUUCAACUUCAAAAUCGUGUCACCCAACAAACUGCUAAAAUUUUGAUAGUCACUUAAAAAGAGAUAUUUUUCUACCGAGUGCGUCAUCUUUGUCUUGCUUUCAGAUACAGAUUAUGCUGCGUUGAGAUGGGCUGUGAACGAGCGGUAGCUCAAUGGACAAUGACAUAUUAUGGUAGAAAAACACAAAGAGGUGCUUCAUCUUGGAACCACCCAUAUGACUUGUAAGGGUAGGGUGUAUCUCAUGAGCAACAGAAAACGAUAGAGGGAUCACAGGAACAGCUGUCCAGACGAGACGUUACCUCAGACGGUAAGGGGUACAACGGGGACUAUGACGGGGCCGGUUCUUCUGUGGCUGCAGGACCUGGCAGCUGUCAGUCUUCUCAAAGCCCGACGGACACUAUUCCAAGCUGCUAUCAUAUUUUGUGCUCUAGUUCUGUUGCUCUGGGUAUCCGUCUUUCUUUAUGGAAGCUUCUAUUACUCCUACAUGCCCACUAUCAGCUUCUCUACCCCGGUGCACUACUACUACCGGUCUGACUGCGAUGCCUCCGAGUCAUCACUUUGUUCUUUUCCUAUGGCCAACAUCUCAUUUCUGAAGAAUGGGAGAGACCCUGUAAUGGCUUAUGGUCAACCAUAUAGAAUAUCUUUGGAAUUGGAAAUGCCGGAGUCUCCAGUCAAUCAACAGCUGGGAAUGUUUAUGAUUAAGAUGUCUUGCUACACCAAGGGUGGUGAGACUGCUUCAUCUGUGGCACGUUCUGCAAUGCUGCAUUACCGCUCUAGUCUUCUACAGACCCUGAAUACCGUGUUCUUCUCUCCUUUUCUGCUGGCUGGAAUGGCAGAGCAGAAGCAACUUAUAGAAGUUGAACUCUUCUUAAACUACAAGACCAAUGCUUACCAGCCAACAAUUGGUGCUGUAAUUGAGAUCCAAUCUAAGAGGGUGCAGAUCUAUUCAGCACAGCUUCGUAUCCAUGCCCACUUCACUGGAAUAAGAUAUGUACUGUACAACUUCCCUAUAGCAUCUGCAGUGAUCGGCGUGACUGCCAACUUCACGUUCCUUUGUGUCAUUGUGCUUUUCAGCUACUUGCAGUUUAUAUGGGGUGGCUUCUGGCCUCCAGAGCAAGUAAGAGUCAGGGUUAUGAUGGGAGACAACACCCGCUUCCAACAAAGGAAAGAAGAAGCUCGUAAGCGCAUGGAGGGUGCAUCCUUACAACGGGAACAAGAAACACCCAGUGUGAUUGGUGCACUUGAUGAUAUGCAAGGAAAUGGCAUGGUACCAGAGCCAUCAACAAAGGAGCCCUCAGUAAUCCUGGAUGCCCCAGGAACUGUUGCGACAAAUUUGACUGAUAAAGGAGCUUAUGACUCCAAAGCGCAUGAGGAGAAAGAAGGCUCAGAAAUGUUGAUGAAUUCUUCCCCAUUGCCUCACCUGCGUGAAUCAAAUCUUCGACAGAGACCUGGUCCAUGGCUGAGCCUGUGAAUCAUUGGCUUGCAUGCAGUUAAAUUUCUAUAUGGUCAUGGCACACAAAAUGUGGCACUUUUUUCCACAGUUUUGCAUUUGGGUAAUUUUUUGUUAGACUUAAGCAAACAUAUUGUUAUAGUUGGGAAAAAUAUAAUUUCACAUGACCGCAUCCCUUAUAUGCUCUUUGUUUGCGAGGUAUUGCUUGUUUUCCUUUUUGUGAUAACAUGUUUACAAAUGCACUUCUGCGUUUCACAAUUUCUGUCAUCUGAAUUAUGAUAACAGUAAUACCCAUAGCAGGUACUGCUAGAUUCCAACAGUGGGCCUUAGUUGUAUUCUUCUUUGUUUUUCUAGUAGUCAAGCUAUAGUCUGUGGAUAUUUGGGUUUGUCAUCAAGCAUCAGUUGUCAAAUGAAUACUCUCGUUUAAGUCACAAGAAUUUGCUUACAUUUUAUUCUCUCUUCAUUGAUGGUAACUUUGGAGUUUCACGCUUCAAGAUCCAUCAUGAUAUAAUUCUCAGCGACUGACCAAUACAUCACUCCUCUUUCCCUUCAUAAAAAAAACUGUGUUAAGAUUGCCCUCCUUUUGUGUAGAUGAUCACUUUAGUGUUCUUGUUGAAUGCAAAGCAACAUUCCUCCUGGUAACUGCAUUGUAAAAGUGGAUGGAAAGAUUUUGACCAGAUUUUGCUCUAAGAUAUUAGACCCGUUUAGAAGAUUUGCAUGAACAUGCUUCAUUAUGCUUCUCUCAAAAGCUCUCUGUGAGCAAUUAGAUUUGGAAAUUUGACAGAGAAGGAAUCUUUUCAGUUAAUUCCGGGAAAUAUUGUGUAGAUCCAGCCUAAGGGAUAUGGCCAGUCCUCUGCCUUUGCUGGGCAUUCACAUUGUAGUUUCGAAUGCCACACCAAUUUUAAAAUGUGAUAAGCUGGCAAGAUUGGUUUGGCUCUCAAGACCUAUCAUAUUUUGCAACUGCAAUAGUUCAGCUUUGAUGUUACAAGCAGUUUAUCUGCCAUAAUAUAGAUAUUUAUGGGUCUAACGUUAUUUAAUGAAGUUCAUCCUUACCUCUAAUCCCUCAGAGCAUUUCAUUUAAUGUCUCUAAAAAAGUUGUAUUUCACCUUGUUCCCUUUUUCCUUAAUUGUUUUGUUACAGGGAACCAUUGAAGUGUUUAGUACUAUAAUUAUUAGCGUUUAAUUAUUUCAUGUUGAGAUAAGGAUAAGUGACGGUAUUUCAGUCAAGAAAGUUGUGUCAGAUGGUAGGGGUAAUGAAGUGUGGGUAAUGUAAAUAGUUUUUGCUGUUUGGCCCUGCUUGUGUGUUUUUAAAUAUCUACAUUUUAGGGGAGCAAGGGUUUAAGCAAGUUCAUGGAAGACUAUGCGUAAUUGUGCAGGAGAAGGAUUUGAUACCAAAGAUAUUGUGAGAUAAGAUACCAUGCACUUGUGUAAUGUAUCAUCUUGGUUUCUGUUGAAGCAAAAUAGAAUAGUAUAUUACCAAUUAAUACAAUACAGUUAAGUUAAUACAGAUGUAGAUGUUAUUUAUGCUUUGACACAAUAAAUAC